AGUCAAUCUAUGGGUGGUAUUCCUCAUGAUCUUUACGGUAUGACUACACGUUCAGUUCACCAAUAUGUAUUAGGAAUUUACAGAAAACGUGGUCUUAAGGAAGCAAAAAUUACUAAAUUCCAAACUGGUGGUCCUGAUGGUGAUUUGGCUAUUGUUGAUGGUAGCGGUGUAUUAUGUGAUCCUGAGGGUAUUGAUCGUGUUGAAUUAAAACGAUUGGCUGAUCAUCGAAUGAUGAUAUCUCAUUUUGACACAUCAAAAUUGACUCCAAGAGGUUUUAGAGUAUUGGUAGAUCAACAAAAUGUGAAAUUACCAA